UUUUAGACUUCCGCACUCGAGUUAGCGGUGAACUACGCAUGCUCUGUUUGCACGUGUGGCGGAGUGAAUAGCAUGGCGACUCCGGGUUCGGUGCAGUUAAUUCGGGAGCGAGUGGUGCUCGGGGAGUUCGGGCUCCGCAAUGUUCACACCACAGACUUCCCUGGCAAUUACAUGGGCUACGACGACACAUGGAACCAAGGGAGAUUUGAGAAAAAUUUUCGAAUAGACAUAGUGAAGAUGGAAGACGACAUCCUGGAAUUCGACAUGGUCGGAAUUGACGCUUCCAUAGCAAAUGCAUUCAGACGAAUUCUCCUAUCGGAGGUGCCGACGGUUGCUGUGGAGAAGGUUUAUGUUUAUAACAACACAUCUAUCAUUCAGGAUGAGAUUCUGGCACAUCGGCUGGGUCUUAUUCCCAUCCGGGCAGAUCCGCGCCUGUUUGAGUACCGCAGUGCAGAUGAUGCUGAGGGAACGGAAAUAGAUACCCUGCAGUUUGAAUUGAAUGUCAAGUGCACUAGAAACCCCAGAGCAUCUAAAGACUGCUCCGACCCCAAUGAGCUCUACUUGAACCAUAAAGUCUACACCGGUCACAUGAAAUGGCUCCCACAAGGCAACCAGGUCGACCUGUUCCCUGAGACGGACCCACCUCGGCCUGUCCAUAAAGACAUUCUGAUUGCUCAGCUGCGCCCUGGUCAAGAGAUUAAUGUUAUCAUGCACUGUGUGAAGGGCAUCGGUAAAGACCAUGCCAAAUUCUCUCCUGUGGCCACUGCCAGUUACCGGCUCCUUCCUGAGGUCACUCUGUUGUCCUCCAUAGAGGGGGAGCUGGCAGACAAAUUGCAAGGCUGCUUCUCUCCUGGAGUCAUUAGUGUGGAUGAGGUGAACGGAAAAAGAGUCGCCAGGGUAGAAAAUGCACGGAUGGACACCUGCAGCCGGGAAAUCUUCCGCCACGAUGAUCUGAAGAACCUUGUGCGAAUGGCGCGUGUCCGAGACCAUUACAUCUUCUCUGUAGAAUCCACAGGAAUCCUGCCCCCAGAUAUCCUGGUGAGUGAGGCCAUCAAGGUUCUGAUGGGGAAAUGCCGCCGAUUCUUGGACGAGCUGGAUGCAACGCAGAUGGACUGAAUAAUUCUAUAGAGCAAGGAGCUCACAGGCUACAGUCUCCUGUAUUCUAAUAGUAUUUAGCUCUGGGCCAGAACCUUGAAUUCCUGAUGGGUCUAUUGUGACUGAACUUUCUGCAGAAAACUCCACAGUUUCUAUCUAGUGCUCCACCUGGCAUAGUCAUACCAUCUACACAUCGCCAAACUGACAGCCAUGAUAAAUUUAUAAUGGAACAAUGCUGCAGGCAGACAUACUACCAAAAUAAGAGCCAAGAUACAAAGCCAGGAGGCCUUUGAAUCCAAGAGAAAAUUCAGCUCUGUGUGGGGCUCUUCUUACUCGUGGUAGCAAUGCUGAGGAUAGACCCAUAUGGGAUGAGCAUGGUCCUUUUUUCUGAAGUGACAAUGUAUCUUUGGAUAUUGACUAAAGCUUAUGCUGGGAAUUACACACAAAAACCUCAUUCUUCCCAGCCAGAUAAUGGGGGUUUCCGUUGUCCUAAAAUAUCCCUGUAUGUUUGGCAGCGACUGUACGAAGGGUCAAACCCCACUUGAAGGGGCCACAUAGCGGUCUCGUGUCAGUCUGUUGUGUAACCCAAAACAUGUAUCGUUAAAUAAAAUCAGAGGUGAUGCUAUACAGCUAA